AUGGCAGGAGGAGGAGAAGGAGGCGAACUGCAGCUGUUGGGCGCGUGGUUAAGCCCCUGGGUGAUCCGCGUGAAGGUGGCGCUGCAGAUGAAGGGCCUCAGCUACGAGUACAUCGAGGAGAACCUGCAGCACAAGGGCGAGCUCCUGCUCAGCUCCAACCCUGUGCACAAGAAGGUCCCCGUGCUGAUCCACGCCGGCCGGCCGGUGUGCGAGUCGCUCGUCGUCCUCGAGUACGUCGACGAGGCCUGGGCCGGGGCCGGGACGCCCCUCCUCCCCGCCGACCCCUACGACCGCGCCGUCGCCCGCCUCUGGGCCACCUACGUCAACGACACGUUCUUCCCGUCGUGGAGGCCGCUGUUCAGGGCGACGACGGCGGAGCAGAGAGCGGAGGCGUUCGAAAACGUGCUGCCUCAGGUGGAGACGCUGGAGCGGGCUCUCACGGAGUGCUCCAAGGGGAAGGCCUUCUUCGGCGGCGACGCCGUCGGGAUCGUCGACCUCGCGCUCGGAAGCUUCGUGGUGUGGAUCCGGGCGGUGGACGAAUUGGGCGGCACCAACCUGCUGGACGAGGCCAGGGUCCCGGGCCUGGCGGCGUGGGCCGAGCGGUUCAUGGCCGUAGACGCCGUGGAGGAGGUGAUGCCCGAGGCCGGGAGGAUCAUGGAGCACUACAAAGGGUUUCUCGCGAAACUGGCUGCACCUGCUGGUUCUAGCUAA